AUGAGUAUCGGACGAUAUUAUCACACAUCAUCCACAUUAACAAAUGGAUCAGUAUUAGUUGCUAGUGGAUUGGACAUGAGUAGCAGUAAUACUAAUAGUGCUGAAUUAUACAAUCCAUCGACAGGUACUUGGACAAUCACAGGAAACCUGAAUGCUGCACGAAGUUUUCACACAGCAACCACAUUAGCAAAUGGAAUAAUAUUAGUAACUGGUGGACAGUACAGCAGUAGUGUUUACAAUAGCUCUGAAUUUUACAAUCCAUUAACAGGCACUUGGACAACUACAGGAAGCAUGAAUGUUGGACGAACACAACACACAGCAUCCAUAUUAGCAAAUGGAUUAGUAUUAGUUGCUGGUGGAAUUAACGGUGUUUAUCUCAAUAAUGCUGAAUUGUACAUUCCAUCAACAGGUGCUUGGGCAACUACAGGAAGCAUGAGUGUCGCACGAUGUCGCCACACACAAACUACAUUAGCAAAUGGAUUCGUAUUAGUUGCUGGUGGAGAGGAUAGCACCAGCGGUAGAAGUAUCAAUAGUGCUGAAUUGUAUAAUCCAUCAACAGGCACUUGGACAACUACAGGAAGCAUGAGUGUCGCACGAGAAUAUCAUACAGCAGUGCUAUUAGCAAAUGGAUCAGUAUUAGUUGCUGGUGGACUCGAUAGCAGUAGUAAUAGCCUCAAUAGUGCUGAGUUGUACAAUCCAUCGACAGGCACUUGGACAAUCACAGGAAACAUGAAUUUCGUUCGAUAUUCUCACACAGCAUCCACAUUAGCAAAUGGAUUAGUAUUAGUUGCAUCUGGUGUUUAUUUGCUUAAUAGUGCGGAGUUGUACAAUCCAUCAACAGGCAUUUGGACAACUAUAGCAAAUAUGAGUAUCUCACGACAGCAUCACACAGCAUCCACAUUAGCAAAUGGAAAAGUAUUAGUUGCUGGUGGACAGGGCAGCAUUAGUAGUUUCAUUGGUGCUGAGCUUUAUUAA